AUGGUAUGGGGAAUAAAAUUUGAUCUUCUGGCAACCCCUUCUAACGCAAUAACCUCGAAAUGUAUUUCACAAUAUGUUAAUACUGAUACUUUGGUUGUAGUAACAAUUAAGAUUGGAGUUGGAUAUAAUCAAAUAGUAGAUGUAAAGAUAACUGAUAAUAGUCCUGCUCAUAACGAAUAUGGUGGUAAAAAAGAUAUUGAAGAGGAUACUCGUAUAGCUUUUACCACACAUGCCGAUGCAGAUGUUUCAAUUUGUUUUACGAAUUAUCUAGAUGAUGAAUUUCGUCCUGAUCCAAAAUAUCAUCGUACAAUUGAUUUGGAUAUUGAUGUGGGCGCCGAAGCUAUUGAUUAUGAUGCAUUAGCCAAAGCCGAAAAAUUAAAACCUAUAGAUGCUGAAUUGAGGAAAUUAGAACAAAUUGUUCAAGAAAUUGUUGAUGAAAUGGAUUAUUUACGAAAACGUGAAGCAAAGAUGAGAGAUACGAAUGAAUCUACGAAUGAACGUGUUAAAUGGUUUAGUCUUGGUAGUAUGAUCGUACUUGUAGGUUUAGGAGAGAUUAUGGAGAUGAGAAACUUAUAUUAUUUAAUUCAAAAUAUUUCACGAUCUUAUAAUUUAUCAAAUUUUUUUAAAAUUAUGGAUGAAUUUCCCAACGGCUUACAAUUUAUAAAACCGAAACCGUUACUUUAUUGUACUGGUUCAGAAUGGAUCUAUCAACCUGCAAAAACAUUAUAUGAAGAGUUGCGAUAUGAGCUUAAAGAACAUUAUAAAAAUUUUCUUCAGGAAAAUUUUGAUAAAACAUAUAUUCCGAUAUAUCUAUUCCUUUCAGGUGCUGGCACAGGCAAUUCAAGAAAUGCUGAAGAAUUUCAUAAAACAGCAAUUGCAUGUCUUUCGGAAGAUGAGGAUCUUGAACUGAGAAAUAAAAUUGAGAAUGCUUUUGUAUUCAGCGUUGGAUUUGAAAAUGGAGAUGUGGUGUAG